UGCAGGCAUAGGUCUGGUCUCUUGUUUUAACUUGAUCUAUAAUCCUUGAUAUCCACAGGAAUUUCAUGUCAGCAUUGAAGCUCUGGACAUACAAAUUAACACAAGUGGAAAAUCUUGCUGAGUACUGACAGGAGAACCAGUUUCUCCUUUUCAUAUCUGGCAGUGCUGAGUGAGCAAUAAAGUCUUUUGUAAUUGUUGGUUGUAAUUGUCAACUAUUCUGUUGUUGUAUUUCAAAGAGCUUGUUUCGAAACUGUCACUUUUUAUAUGGUGCUUCAUAAUGCCAUCAUUAAAGAGCGCUGAGUUGAAAAAAUCCACCGUGAAGAUACUCAGCCAAGCAAAACCAGUAUGUGUAUGUACAGGAGGGUAAUUGUCUGUGGGCAACAGCUGUGGAGCAAGGGCCAUUGUUUCCCCUACCAAAUGCUCACUACUUGUUGCAAUCAUUUUUUUUUAAUGAUUAGGAACAGUGUUUCCCAAUCAGUGAGUUCUCAAUUUAUAUGCUUUCCAAUUCUGUGUGUUUAAGUUUGACUAAGAUAAGUGCCAGUGUGUUGAUCCAAAUGCUUAGGGAGAGAGGUUGUGGAUUGACUGAUGGGAGCAAAGAAGAGUGUAUUUUUAGGUUUUUACAUAUAUAAUGGUUCAAAUAUACUACCUGAUUUUGGCUUUUUUACAAGCUCUGCAAAAUAGGGAUCAUAGCAUUUUAAAAGAUGAUUCAUCUCCAAUGCCUACUUCAUCAUCACUGACUUGUUCUUCAAAGCAAUAAUCAAAAACUAGAUUUUAAAUCUUUACAGACUUAAGGAAUUUUAUUUGAAAUGUUUGAACUAAGGCACAGAAGGUUUUGUUUUCUAUGUAAGAUGGUCACUAACAGCUCCAACAAGGAUCAGUUGAAAAUGUGAAGAGGAAACACACCUAUAAAGUAAGUUGUACUUGUCUAGCUGGGCAUGGAGAAAAAGAGAUAUUAGCAGAGAAAUCUUUAGAAAGUAGAGGUUGUAGGUUUUCUGUGACUACUUCAUGCUUUUAUCAGUUUGGUUGAAAGAGAGCAGCCACCAACUAACCUCAUCUCAGGAAUAUCCUGAGCUGUGGAAACCAUGUGGACCAGUGCAGAAUCUGUCCAUAGGAAGGGACAGACUGGUAAGGCCAGGCUCACCUAUGUAUUCUUCUGACUGUUACUCCUGUGUCUUAGCUGCUGUUGUUAGAUAUACAGGUCAUGUCCUACUCAAGAAAGUUUUCCAGGCUGUAUUCCUAUUGCCUCACCUGGACAAGAGCUUGGGCACUUGGCUUAGAGGUCUAUCUAUGAGGUAUCUGUCAUCAGUGAAGUAUAAGAACAUGCCUCCUGAGCCUCUUCAGACCACCCAAGUUAGGUAGCUACUUAGAGACAGUGCCUCUCUUUGUUUUGCCCGUGAUGCAAGAGAAGGGGAAAUGAGAUCUGACUCUGCAGGGGAACAAAGCAACUCAAGAGUUAUUAAAAUCAGUAGUUUUUACUAAGUGUCACAACAGGCAUAAUUAAAAGGAGCUAAGAUAUGGGUGGGGAGGGAAAGCACUAAUGGUUUCAAUGCAAUCUGUCUUGGCCUCAAUCUGGCAAACAUUCAGGCAUAUGACUAAAUUUAUGCUCUUUGUUCUCUCUGUAAGUUGUAGUUUCUCGUCUCAGAUGUGUUCCUCUAAUAUAGAAGCAUGAUGAAAACAGAAGUCACCUGAAUGGAAGUAUAAGCAGGAAUGGCAAAGUGCCAGCAAUCCCUAGAACACAAAUCUGCAGGCAGCUAAAUGAGCGUUUCCAUGGUUUGGAAUGGAUAUUGGUGGAACGUUGGUUAAACUGGUCUACUUUGAACCUAAGGACAUUACUGCAGAAGAGGAACAAGAGGAGGUGGAAAACCUGAAAAGCAUUAGGAAAUACCUGACCUCCAAUACAGCCUAUGGUAAAACUGGCAUUCGUGAUGUCCACCUAGAACUGAAAAAUUUGACCAUGUGUGGACGCAAAGGAAACCUGCACUUCAUCCGCUUUCCCAGCUGUGCCAUGCACAGAUUCAUACAGAUGGGUAGUGAAAAGAACUUCUCCAGUUUGCAUACUACGCUCUGUGCCACGGGAGGUGGAGCUUACAAAUUUGAGGAGGACUUUAGAACGAUUGCUGAUCUGCAACUCCACAAACUGGAUGAAUUGGACUGUUUGAUCCAGGGCCUGCUUUAUGUUGAUUCUGUUGGUUUCAAUGGCCAACCAGAGUGCUAUUAUUUUGAAAAUCCUACAGAUCCUGAACAGUGCCAGAAGAAGCCUUACUGCCUUGAUAAUCCAUAUCCUAUGCUGCUGGUUAACAUGGGCUCAGGAGUCAGCAUCCUAGCUGUGUAUUCUAAGGACAAUUACAAGAGAGUUACAGGAUCCAGCCUGGGAGGAGGAACAUUCCUGGGCCUCUGCUGCUUGCUGACUGGCUGUGAGACGUUUGAAGAAGCGCUAGAAAUGGCUGCGAAAGGAGACAGCACCAAUGUGGAUAAACUGGUGAAGGAUAUUUACGGAGGAGAUUAUGAGCGGUUUGGCCUUCAAGGGUCUGCUGUAGCCUCAAGCUUUGGCCAUAUGAUGAGUAAAGAAAAGAGAGAAUCUAUCAGUAAAGAGGACUUGGCCAGAGCUACUUUGGUUACUAUCACCAACAACAUUGGUUCUAUUGCUCGCAUGUGUGCACUGAAUGAGAACAUCGACAAAGUGGUAUUUGUUGGAAACUUUCUCAGAAUUAAUAUGAUUUCAAUGAAGGUGCUAGCAUAUGCUAUGGAUUACUGGUCCAAGGGACAGCUGAAAGCUCUAUUUUUGGAACAUGAGGGUUAUUUUGGAGCUGUUGGGGCGCUUUUAGAACUGCUUAAAAUGACAGAUGAUCAAUGAUGAAGAUGUCUCAAGAGAUAUCUACUGCAGAUGCUGCUGGAUAAGAGUGAAAGCCACUACAAGGAUGGAAAUGAAGCCAUUAUGAUAGUUCUAACUGCUGGAUUUGUAAAUAAUUUAAAAUCCUUUUAGCUGAUCUUUAACUUCUGGGUUUUGAGCUUACACUUCGGAGUUCAUACUGGGAAUACUGAGAUUUUUUUUUCUGUACACUGUAUUUUUUAGGGGGAAAAUGUGCAACGUUGCCAAACAUACAGAGUUUAUGGAAUUAUUUUAACUGUAUACUGUUUAAUGUAGGAUCUGUGAUACAAGGCAUCUGCUUUUCUUCUGGGGUUUACUGAUCAUAGUGUGGUAAUUUUAACUUCAUUUAGUAAUCACUCUAGGAGAUUUUUUUCUUAUUUUCAUGACGUUUCAUGAUUUGUUCUUGGUUUCAAAUGAAACUACGAAGCUGAUGCAUUUUUACUGUGAAAACUAGUUGUUGAUUUGUUGCCUUUUCUCUUUAGAUGAGUCGCUUUUAUUUAACACCUUUCCCUCAUCCUGUCAAAAAAUAAAAAUAAAAAUACAGGCUUUCCUGUGACUUCGUGAGUUUCUUGGCAAGAACGCACGAGAACUUUAGGAGGGAGAGUGUGUGGUGAAAAGUUAAUUCUUCAGUUGUCCUGAUUUUCACAAUCAGGAACAGGCUGCUAACUUGACACUAAAAUGAAAUCCCAUUAAUGUUGAAAGUGAUUUGUCUGAAGAGCUCUGUAGUACGGUAGUUAUUUAUAUGGUACGUACUUGGUGAUAGGUGGGAAAGGGAGGAGAUUACUUCAAUUUAUUUGAAGACUUUUCUGUAGUCUGUGAUUUCUAAGUUGCUGGUGAUCAAAACCAAGCGUUAACUGCAUUAUCCAAAGCCCAGUUUCUAAAGUUAGAAAGAUUAUUGCUAAUGCAUUUUCUGUUUUUAAGCUAAGGCUUACUUUCCCUGCAGGACACCAAGGUUUAAGUGUUUGUUCCAGUAUGUUAUUUUCUACCUUGGUUUGAUUGGCAAAUCUCCAGAUAUUUGUAUUGAGGUGAGAUCCUUCUGAAAUCUAUGUACUUAGCUGCAUAGGGUGGACAAGCUUGCUUUUCCUGGGAACCUUGAAGGCUCACAAAUCAAAGGCUGAAGAAGUCCACAAAUUAUUUUGUCUUGUAGAGCUGUAUGUCAUGUCACAUAGCAUAAAGGGCUCAUCGGGAGGGUAGUGUAAAAUUCAGACACAUGUAUUAUCCAGUAUAUUUUUGGAAGGGGGUUUAUUCACUUUUUUAAUAAUCAUUAAUUUCCAUAUCUCACAGAUGGUGAAAUGAGUUCAUAUUAACCUAAUUGUUAACAUGUCUGAUGGAAAUAAAGACCACCACUGUUUUGACGAU